AUGGCAGGUCUAAAGACCCCUCCGUCUGGGGAGGUCCAUAUCUGGGUCAAGGACACCAAAGAUCUGCCCCAGUUACGUCCCUCCGGAGUGGGCUCCUUUGUGAAAUGCUACGUUCUUCCAGACACCAGUAAAAAGAGCUACCAGAAGACCCGCAUUGUCCAGAGGGACUCCAACCCGGUGCUUAACCACACCAUCGUGUACGACGGCUUUCAUACAGAAGAUCUGAAGGAUGCCUGUGUCGAGCUGACCGUCUGGGAUCAUGAGAAACUGACCAAUCACUUUCUGGGAGGGAUCCAGCUGGGACUUGGGACAGGCUCCAGCUAUGGGAUUGCCGUUGACUGGAUGGACUCCACACAAGAGGAGGUCGCAUUUUGGCAGGAAAUGAUGACCACGGCGAAUGAAUGGAUUGAAGCGUCCCUGCCUUUGCGCUCUCUGGCUGGAAAAAGGAAGCUGAAAUGAACAGCUGGCAGCAGCCCACAGAGGAACGGAGAACCGUUUACACAGAGAAGAGGGCCAAUGCAAAGCUGGCUGACCUCAGGAUUGCCUGUGCAAUGCACUUCGAAAGGACAAGGUAUUAUUACUCAUCCCAAGAGAGGACUGAGCGGAUUUUACAUCCCAGCUAGCUGAAAGACCUGCUGCUCGUCACCUCUCCAUCAUCUAGACCUUAGAUUUUAUUCGACUUUGGGUUUGUACCCAGAGAGCAGGGAAGAAAUGGUGUAAAUAUGUUUAUAGUUUAUUUUAUUACAGUGUCCAUGAUGCUG